AUGUCGUCGCUACAGCUGUCGUCGCUAAAGGAGUUCCACCGUCGAUCCUCUCUGACCACACGCCAUUUAAUCGUGACGGUUGGAAGCUAUAGAGAUCCAUCGAUCGGACGGCUACUAGGCACUAGAGAAUGCCGCGUGUUUUGCCCUCCAACUUGUCGCCGCAAUUGUGUUCUUCACCAACCCAAACCACCACUCUUUCUAGGCUUUCAUUUUCCGUUAAUUUCUUGCAAAUUCCGACCAUUUCGGGCGAAUUUUGAGUUCUCCGUAAACUCCGGUGGUGCUCUCAAUUUUCCGGCGAACCAGGGGAAUGUGGAGGUAGCAAGGGCUCAAGCCCCUACGGGUAUGGAUCUGCAACGUUGGAAUGCUGCUAUUGACCACUUCUUAACAGAAAAACAUCAAAAACGAUCCGCUGGAAACAAAGAAUAUCGGAAGAAGCAACUAGUUAAGAAUCGUGGAGGGACUUGCAGCUACGGUAGUGCUUGUUUUAAGAAAGUUGAUCUACAGACUCAUCACAUAGCCGACUCUGGUGGUGAUCCAUACAACAUUGAUUUAAUCGCAAUAUUUGAGAAGGUGUUGGGUACACGAAAGGGGCAUGAUGUCGAUGUGAAUGCUUUUCUUCAAAACCCAGCAUUUGUGACGACCAUUGGAAACAUUAUUCGCUCGUUUAAAAACCAAGUCAAUGAGGAAAACAAUGAUGAGAAGGACGAUGGGGAAGACGAAGACAACUAG